UUACAAAACGUCACGUUUUCGACGACCUUGACGUAUCAGAAUGUGAACGUUACAGAAGAAGUCUCGAGGAAUCAUAUCAAAUCUGAACAGUGGUUCGAGAUUUAUUUCAAUGAGCAUGGUGUACAGUAUAUACUCGUGCCUGCAAAAUCUGACAAGGUGAUCAGAAGUAUUAUGAAAGAUAUUGCUAAUCAAUUCAACAUAGGUGGUGAUAAGAUGGCUAAACUGGCAAAUGGGAAUUUCCCAUUUGGUUCUACCACUUUUACCGAAAGGGAAGAGACACCGAUAGGCGUUUGCACAACCAAGCACAAUAUGCAUACGCUAUAUGGAGUCUACGACAGGAACGAGCAUUUCAAGUUCCAAAUUAUACCGUUAGCGAUGGCAAAGCAUUUUGCUGAACAAAGAAGUACGCGUAUACGUAUUGAGAAAAAUAGAGAGAACUGCGAAUAUUCGGAAAAAUUUGACUCCUUCUUGAACGGGAUGCAAGUAAACGAAUAUUUGUAUACUAUGGAAGUAAUGGAUGAUAAAUUAAGAAUGUCCACUACGAUGGGUGUGCAACUACCACGUAUUCCAUGGAAACAAUCUGGGUCACCUGUAUUUACGGAAACAAUGCUGCUUAAUCUAACUAACAUCAGAUCUCCACAAACUAUAGCACAGAACGAGUAUCAUUCCUGGACUACUAUCAGGACUAUUUAAUCAAAUUCCAAAAAUAUACAUUAUUCAGGCUGCGGUCCACUUGACGCUACAAAUACUUUGGAGCGUUC